AGUACAUACCAAGCCACACACCCUUGGCUAAUCAAAAGGUCUCAGUUGUGCCUUGAAGGUCAGACAGUUUCCUGUGGGUUUUGGCUUUGCUUUCUCGAAGAAUCAUGAAGAUCGCCGUUUUCAACGUUCAGAAAUUUGGAAAGAAAAAACUGUCAGACCCUGCCGUCAUCAAAACACUUAUCGAGAUAGUGUCACGCUAUGACAUAGUUGUCAUCCUGGAGGUGGUGGACGCCAGCGGGAAAGCAGUAGACACAUUUCUAAAAGAACUAAAUGAGACAAACCCACACCACCACUACAGCAUGAAGGUCAGUGUACGUCUGGGGAGGACCAAGUACAAGGAGCAGUUUAUGUUCCUUUACAGGGAUGCUGUGGUGAAAGUGAUUGACACUUAUCAGUAUGAGGACAAUCAGCCUGGAGACAAGGAUGCCUUUGAUAGAGAACCUUAUGUCCUGCGUUUCUCUUGUCUUAACACAGUGGUGAAGGACCUGGUCAUUGUUCCUGUCCACACAAAGCCUGAUGACUCGGAAAAAGAGGUGGAUGAGCUGUUUGAUGUAGUCCAGACUGUGAAGGACAAAUGGGAAACUAAUAAUAUCAUGAUCUUGGGUGACUUCAAUGCGGAUGGCAGUUAUGUGUCGAAAAAAGAGAUGAAGAAACUCCGUAUCUACACUGAUAAAAACUUCCACUGGCUGAUUACGGAUAGACAGGACACCACCACGAGCACAAAGAAUGACCACACUUAUGACAGGAUAGUGGUGUAUGGACAGACAAUGCUUAAUGCUGUUGUGCCGGGCUCUGCCAAAUCAUUUAACUUCCAGCAGGAAUAUGGACUGACUGAAGCUGAUGCACUUAAAGUGAGCGAUCACUAUCCAGUGGAGGUGGAACUGAAACACCAGGAGUAGUCAAAGCUCUGCCACAUGGAGGAAAUAGAUGACGGCAGGAGAAAGAAAACACUGGCUGAGGACCUGGAAAAAGGAACCAGUUUUCUGAUGAUAAACGCAUGGCUGAAAUGCUUGAAAUUAAAAAGUACUUUUUAAAAUCUGAGAGCUUACAUGUUUGUUUUGCAUCUCUAUUUAUGCAAUAAACAGAGUGUGAAUCCAGACAAAA